CAAGGGGGGCGGCUUCAGGGGCACUUCAUCAACAGAAACCUCCGCCACAGCAACCUCAGUCAUCGUAAUCUCCGGCUGAAAGGCCACGGCCGUCCCUCGGUAACCAGGGGAUCAUCUCCAGGAUAUUUGGGCUGCCGAGGAGGAGUAUGCCAUGCUCACCAAAAUGCAACGACGAGGGCGGCGCAUCGCGAAGGUAUUUAUAGCAGCCAUUCAUAUGACGGGACGGGGGACCACGAAGAGAGAACGAGCGGUCGAGCCCUACUCAGACCAGCCGCAAUCCAAAAGGGCAAGACUGAGCGAAACUCGUACUUUCACAAAGGAGCAUCGAGAGGGUCAGAUACCGUCAGGCUCGCGCGAUCCGGAACAGGUCCUACAACCACAAUCAGACUGUCCGCGCUGUUCGCCUUGUCAGCCUUCGACCUCUCAAGACAGAAAGCGACGGGCAGACUCUCAUCUCCAGUUUGAGGGGCAGCUGUCCAAGAAGAAGAGGGGAAGGCGCCGGCUCACUCGUCACGCCUUGAAGAUGCUCAACCGUGAGAACAAAGCAAACACCCGACGCUCACAAAAC